UGAAGCAUGUAGACGCGCUAUUUACGUGCGAACACUGAACCCAAAUACGCGCCAAACAUAAUAUUUAAGAUAAACUUUUAAAAUGAGUGGUCAUUAGUGAUAGUGUGAUUUGUUAAACAAAUCAGUGUUGUGGAAUUUGUUGUCCGACUGUCUGAGGUAAGCGUGAGCGAUGCGCGGGCGCACGCCGCGCUGGCGUUGCGUGUUCGCGGUCGUGUGCGCGCUGCUCGCUGCCGCCGGCAUCGCCAUCUCGCUCACUUGGGGCCGGGUCUUCGACUCCGUGGUGGCGCGACAAGUGGCCCUGGUGCCAGGGUCUCGAUCGUUCCGCGAGUGGGAGGCGCCGUCUGUGCCACUCUUCAUGGACGUCUACCUCUUCAACUGGACCAAUUCGGAGAAUUUCCCGGAAGAAAAGCCCAACUUGGUGCAGUUGGGUCCAUACCGCUUUAAAGAGCACCGGCAGCACGUGAACGUGACGUGGCACGUGAACAACGGCUCGGUGGCCUACCGCACCCUGCGGAGUUGGCACUUCCACCCCUCCAGCAACGGCAGCCUCGACGACAACGUCACCAUGCUCAACAUCAUAGCGGCAUCAGCGAUCUACAGCGCUCGAGGCUGGGGCUUCUUAGAGCAGAAGAUGCUAUCCAUGUCGUUGGCCAUGUUCGGGCAGCACAUGGUGGUGUCGAAGCCGGCUCGGGAGCUCCUGUUCGAGGGCUACGAGGACGCGCUGCUGGACGUGGCCAAGACCUUGCCGGCCAGCGCGACCGGCGGCGCCCCGCCUGUUGACAGAUUUGGACUGUUCUACGAAAGGAAUAACUCAAUCUCGACCGAUGGCUACAUGGAAGUCUCCACAGGGGUGGAGAGCGGCACUCUACCAGGUCAGGUGCUGCGGUGGAACUACCAGGAUUAUCUGCCAUACUACACUGAGGAGUGCGCCAAGCUGAAGGGGAGCGCGGGUGAGUUCCUACCCCGGGACCUGACGGAGCGCUCCACGGUGACGGUGUUCGUGCCGGACCUGUGCCGCUCAAUACAGCUCACGCACAAGCUCAGCGGAGAGUUCGGAGGUCUCCCUUAUCACCGCUACUCCGUCGCGCCGGAGAGCUUCGAUAACUCAACGUCCUCUCACCACAACACGUGCUUCUGCAACGGCGACUGCUCGUGGGGCGGAGUGAUGAACGUGUCGGCGUGCCGCUACGGGUCGCCCUCGUUCAUCUCGCUGCCACACUUCCUGCACGCCGACCCUGCGCUCGCUGCCGCCGUCUCCGGCCUGCAGCCCGACGACGACAAACACUCCUUCUACUUCUCUGUGGAGCCGAAACUUGGUGUGCCACUCGAGGUUGCCGCUAGGUUCCAGCUGAAUGUUCUAAUUGAACCGAAUCCUAAUAUUGCGCUAUAUGAGAAAGUGCCGAAAAUGCUCUUCCCGAUAUUCUGGGUGGAGCAGAGCGUGCAAACUGAAGCAAGCAUCAUAGAGGAGCUGGUGUACGCGCGCGCCAUCUUGGACUGGGGCGCGACCGUGUGCGCGUGCGCCGCGCUGCUGCUGCUGGUGCUGGUGGCACUGGCCACGUGCUGCGUGCCGCGCCACAAGUACGCACACCCGACGGAAGGCGCCAUCAUCAGCGAAAAACCGAAGGAUGAAGCAGAGAUGAAGCUGAACAAUCUGUGAUACAAUUGACGAUUUUGAUGCUGAACGUGAUUGUCAGUAUUGUCACUCAAUCCCGGUUCUCGGUCUAGUCUCGAAGACUGAUUGAAAGACAUUUUGUCCGCUCCGGGAAGUGAAGUGAUAGGUGCAAAGCGGGAGGUAAUGAAGUUACAAGCGAUAAAGAGUGUCCAGCUGACUAAAUGUUACCAUUAAUAAGUUAACAUAGGUACAUAACAUAACAGAUAUGUGUACCUUUUCUUCUCCAUUUAUUUGUGACUUGUAUAGAGCAUUUUAACGAAAGUAGGUAUGUAUUAUGUAGAGACUUAUCUCUACCCACUAAUACUUAAAAUAUAGCCAAUAACUAAAACAUAGCGAAUAUUGGGCUCGAAAUUCGAACAAAAAUGAUACUGCUUUAAGGGUCAUUCUCGCAUUUCGUGCAAAUCGGUAUUAUUUGCAAUUUACCAAAAAUGUGUUGGUGUUUUCGAAUACCUGUCAAUGCAAGGUUGUAACAUAGGACCUAAAGUAUAUGGGCCCGCCAUGAACAAUUCUAAAAAGGUGGUUAUUUUCUUUAUAUUUACAAUUAACCCCCACUAUUUUCAUUCCUCUCUGCACGUAUCGCGUGAAGCUAUACUUUGACCUCCAUUUGAACCUUAAGAUACUAAAAAUAGAAAACUUCUUUUUGGUUCAGUAAACAAGUAAUUUAGUUAUGUUUUAUAUCGUAUAAUAUUAUACUCUAAGAAAUUAACAAUAAAACUAUACAGCCUUAUAAGUGUAUGGUCCAAGCAUUUUCUUCAUUACC